AUGAGACCUCCGAGGGGACGUGGCGGCGGCGGCUUCAGGGGCGGUAGAGACGGGGGUGGUCGUGGCGGCGGAUUCAGGGGUGGUAGAGACGGAGGCGGUCGUGGCGGCCGUUUCGGUGGCGGCGGCGGCGGCGGCGGCGGCCGUGGAUCUUUUCGCGACGAAGGCCCUCCAUCUGAAGUCGUUGAGGUUGCUACAUUUCUUCAUGCCUGUGAGGGUGAUGCUGUCACGAAGCUCACAAAUGAGAAAAUACCAUACUUCAAUGCUCCGAUUUACCUCCAGAACAAGACACAGAUUGGUAAAGUGGAUGAGAUUUUCGGGCCCAUCAAUGAAUCGUACUUCUCGAUUAAGAUGAUGGAGGGCAUUGUGGCUACAUCGUAUACUCCUGGAGAUAAAUUCUUCAUUGACCCUGCUAAGCUUUUGCCCCUUGCCAGAUUUCUUCCCCAGCCAAAGGGACAACAGCAAUCUGGUAGAGGGGGAGGACGUGGCGGUGUAAGAGGUGGUGGAAGAGGCAGUCGUGGUGGGUUCCGUGGUGGAAGGGGUCCUCCGAGAGGCGGCAGAGGUAGUGGCGGUUUUAGAGGUGGUUCUCGUGGUGGUGGUUUCAGGGGCCGUGGAAGAUCAUAAAUUUGUUUUGGCUGGAUUGCCUGUCUUGUUAUGUAGUUCCCUAUAUGAAAUGACAGUAAUUUUUUUUUUCUUUCUUUCUUUUGUGCUUCUGAACCAGGUUGUCAAGACUUUUGUGCUUUUGUUUUCAUCUAUCUAACUUUGGUGAUUAAUGCACGUUUACAUGUGAUGGAAAGGAUGUCUUCGAAAUGUUUGUUUUUGGGACAAACUCAUCAACUGCAGUAAUGGUAAUAUAUCUUGUUUGAUUGCA